AUGGGGUUUUUGGGGAGGAAAGACGGCCCUAGCAGUCCUGCUGAGGAUGUCGACGCCAUAGUCGAGGCCCCGAGUGAUGGCGAUCCGGAGAAGCAGCAGCCGAUGCACCGCGAAGAAGCCCACACAGCACUUCCGCAAUGUCAUCGAGCAUCACGAUCUAUAGAUCCUGCACUUGAAGCUCGAGUGCUGAGGAAACUGGAUCUCAGGGUCCCGACCCUGUUAGGAUUUCUAUAUCUUCUAUCCCUUCUUGAUAGAAGCAACAUUGGAAAUGCCAAAAUUGCAGGAAUGGAAGAGGAUCUUCAUCUCACUGGGAAUCGAUACACCUGGCUCUUGACGAUUUUCUACAUAUCGUACACGCUCUUUGAGUUCUUGGCGCUGAUGUGGAAGAUAAUGCCUCCGCACAGAUGGGCAGCUAUCACUGUGUUGAGCUGGGGUGUUGUGGCAACGUGCCAGGCGGCAGUGCAAAACUGGGGCGGUCUGAUGGCUCUGCGAUUUCUGUUGGGCAUGUCGGAGGCUGCCUUUGGCCCAGGAAGUCCCUAUCUGCUAUCAUUCUUCUACCGCCGCCACGAAUUAGGGCUUCGAUGCGGCAUGUUCUUGUCCGCAGCGCCUCUGGCAAACACCUUUGCCGGUGCUCUGGCUUACGGUAUCACCUCCGGACAUGCUAAGAUAGCGAAUUGGCGACUGUUGUUCCUGGUGGAAGGCAGCCCGUCACUCUUGGCGGCUGUUCUAGCUUGGUUCUACCUGCCAGACCACCCGUCAUCCGCACGUUUUCUGACGGAAGAAGAAAAAGAGGUUACGCGGGCCAGGUCACUUCGACGGAGUGGUGAGAGUGAGCGCGUCAGCGGCAUCGACUGGCGGGAACUGGGCCAGACGUUGCUGGAUGCGAAGGCGUGGCUUUUGGCGUUCAUGUACUUCAGCUGCAACGUGAGCUUCUCAUCGCUGCCCGUCUUCCUGCCAACGAUCCUGGAGGACAUGGGAUUCACCUCCAUCAACGCUCAAGGUCUCACAGCCCCGCCGUUCUUUGCGUCCUUCCUCGUCACGAUUGCUACGACAUGGGUCGCGGAUCGCAUCCAGCAGCGAGGUCUCGUGAUUGCUUGUUCGUCGCUGGUCGGGGCUGUGGGCUAUGUAUUACUGGCGGCCUGCAGCUCUGUUGGGGUCCGCUACCUUGGCGUGUUCCUUGCUGCCAUCGGGGUGUUUCCGUCCAUCGCCAACAUUCUGCCUUGGACUCUGAAUAAUCAAGGCUCGGACAGCCGACGAGGCAUGGGAAUUGUCAUUCUCAACGUCAUUGGCCAGUGCGGUCCCUUUCUGGGGACGAAUGUCUUCCCAUCCGGCGAUGCGCCUCGCUACACUCGGGGCUUGUCGAUCUGCGCGGCCUUUAUGUUCUUCAACACGAUUCUUGCAUUAUGUCUACGGAUGCUUCUGGCCUGGGAAAACCGGCGUCUCGAUCAGCGGUAUGGAACGGUGGCGGAAUGGGGAGCUGGAGCCAAGGAUGAUACCGCUGUGGGGGAGGAGAAUUAUGGGGCAGGUUUCCGAUAUGUGUUCAAUGGCAUCCGCUUCUCCAUAACCGACCUCUCCCCACCAACCGCCCGCAUCAUGCCCAUAGUCUACCAAUCCCGCGCCGGAAUCUCCCUCUACGACGCCCAGUUCUCCACGACGAAGUUUUCCUCAUCCACCCCCCAAGACAGCCCCCGCAACCCAAUCCCCUCGGAAAUUAUCAGCCAAGUCCUCGACCACCUCGCGCACUUCCGCACCACGUGCGCCGAUUUCGGCGUCCCGGACAGCAACAUCCACGUCCUCGCCACGGAAGCGACGCGCACCGCGCCCAACUCGGAGGCGUUCCGGGCCGCGAUCCGCGCGCACACCGGCUGGGAGGUGCGCCUACUCGACAAAGAAGAAGAAGGGCGGAUCGGGGCGCUGGGGAUUGCGAGCAGUUCUGCGUCCGUGGCCGGCGUGGCGAUGGAUCUGGGCGGGGGCAGUACGCAGAUCACCUGGGUGGUCGUGGAGGAAGAUGGGGCGGUGCGAACGAGUGAGCGCGGGGCGUUCAGUUUCCCGUACGGCGCGGCGGCGCUGGGGCGGUUGUUGGAGGAGGCCCACCGCAAGGGCAGCGGGGGAUUGCAGGAGCUAAGGGAGAAAAUGACGGGGGAGUUCCGAGAGGCAUACCGAGAGUUGGCGGUGCCUAAGACCUCCGCUUUCCCUCGACAUUCCGGCACCGAUACCGCGACAGCAGGAAUGAACCUCUACCUCUGCGGCGGCGGGUUCCGCGGCUGGGGAUACGUGCUCAUGAAGACCUAUUCCCAGAAACAGCACGCGCCCUACCCGAUCCCCAUCAUCAACGGGUUCCGGGUCCCACGCGCGGACUUCCACGACACUGCCGCCGUGCUGGCGGAGACGGCGGGGUCGGCAGCGGCGGCGGGGGCAACCUCCCCAGAUGAUAACAUCUACGGAGUCUCGAAGCGCCGCGCCUCGCAGAUCCCCGCCGUGGCGUUCCUGGUGGACGUCAUCAUGGCCGCGCUGCCGGAUGUCACGCACGUUCAGUUCUGCCAGGGCGGCGUCCGCGAGGGAUUUCUGUACGAUCGCUUCCUGCCCAAGGCCAUGCGCGCGCAGGACCCGUUGCUGGCGGCGACGCUGCCGUAUGCGCCGCCGUCCGCGGAGGCGAUGCAGGCGCUCUUGCGGUCCGCGCUGCCGGGGCCCAACACGUCCUCGCCGAACGCCUCGCUCCGUCCACCGGAAAGUAUCCUCAAGACAAAUCUGCUCCCUGCGCUGGCGAAUUUAUUGUUCGCCCAUGCGAAGGUGCCCCGGGAGUCGCGGGCCGCCGCCGCGCUGCACAGCACGGCGACGGGGAUUCUGGCGGCCACGAAUUGUCUGUCGCAUGUGGAGCGCGCGCUGAUCGCGCUGGUGCUCUGUGAGCGCUGGGAUGGGGAUCUCGCGCCCACCGACGAGGUGUAUUAUCGGCAGCUGGCGCGGUGCGUAUCGCACACGGAGGCGUGGUGGUGUCGCUAUUUGGGUCGCGUGGCGGCCAUGGUUGGGGAUGUGUACCCUGCGGGACGGGUGCCCGAGGGGACGCAGUGGAGGGUGCGCUUGGAGGCGGAGUGGGGCUCGGUCGAGAAGAAGGAGGAGGUUCGCGAUGUGUUGCGCUUGACGGUGAGGCGAGGUGAAGCUGUUACGUCCAUGUUACAUGCGAUUUUGAAGGGGAGGGCGGAGGGACUGGAGAAGGUGGGCAAGAAGAAGCAUUGGGUCCAUGGCCAGGGGGUCAAGGUGAAGGUCACUGUUGUGUAG